CCGCUUUCCUUUCCCGCUCGUUUCUUCCCAGACCGUUGUCCUUCACGUUUCGUCUCUUGGUCUCAUCCUCACCGAAGAUGGCGGUUCUUCUCGGAGAAGGAGCGGAAAUAGCGGAAGGCUGCUGCCCUAGGUUAAGAUGGCGCGGGCGGCGUCAGCGCCGAGGGGCUCGGGCGAGGGCCGGGCUGUGGGCGCCCGGGCGGCGCGGUGCAUUGUGGGGUGGCGGCGGCUUUGGGCUGGGCCGCGUAGCGUUUGGAGGGUCGGGGCCAUGGCUUCCUGGGCCGCGCUUUCGCCCAGCAUCGUGGAAUAUUUCGAGGGCGAGGAUUUCUAUCGCUGCGGCUAUUGUAAGAACGAGUCGGGCAGUCGCUCCAAUGGCAUGUGGGCACAUUCCAUGACUGUACAGGAUUAUCAGGAUCUCAUAGACCGAGGAUGGCGAAGAAGUGGGAAAUAUGUGUACAAACCUGUCAUGAAUCAAACAUGUUGUCCUCAGUACACAAUAAGGUGCCGACCUUUACAGUUUCAGCCAUCAAAAUCUCACAAGAAGGUUUUGAAAAAAAUGUUGAAAUUUCUGGCUAAAGGGGAAAUUUCAAAAGGAAAUUGUGAGGAUGAGCCCAUGGAGCCCACCAUGGAGGAUGCCGUUGCCAGUGACUUUGCAUUAAUAAAUAAAUUGGAUAUACAGUGUGACCUUAAAACGCUCGGUGAUGACCUCAAAGAGAGUGUAAAGAGUGAAGAGAAGAAGAAAGGAAAGAGCUCAGAGAGGGAGGAAUCUAAUGAGUUAAUCCAGUCACAAGAUAUGGAGGAGAAGUUGGACUCUGGUGAACCAUCACAUUCAGUAAAAGUGCAUACAGCUCCUCAGCCAGGCAAAGGGGCAGAUUUGAGUAAGCCUCCAUGUCGAAAAGCAAAGGAAAUCCGGAAAGAAAGGAAAAGGUUAAAACUCAUGCAGCAGAACCCAGGUGGAGAACUGGAGGGUUUCCAGGUUCGGUGUCAGCCACCGUCUUUGUUCCCACCAAAGGCUAAAUCCAACCAGCCCAAGUCACUUGAAGAUUUAAUUUUUGAAUCUUUACCAGAGAGUGCAUCACACAAGUUUGAGGUGAGGGUGGUGAGAUCAUCUCCACCAAGUUCUCAGUUCAAAGCCACAUUUCAGGAGUCUUACCAGGUCUAUAAACGCUACCAGAUGGUUAUUCACAAGGACCCACCUGAUAAACCAACUGUGAGCCAGGUGAGGCUAGUACCUGUCUCCUUUGAGGACCCCGAGUUCAAGUCGUCCUUCAGCCAGUCAUUUUCUUUAUAUGUCAAGUAUCAAAUGGCCAUACACCAGGACCCGCCUGAUGAAUGUGGGAAGACCGAGUUCACAAGAUUCCUUUGCAGCUCACCUUUGGAGGCAGAGAAUCCCCCUUAUGGACCAGAUUGUGGUUAUGGUUCCUUUCACCAGCAGUAUUGGCUUGAUGGAAAGAUCAUUGCUGUGGGGGUGAUUGACGUCCUUCCAUACUGUGUCUCGUCUGUAUAUUUGUACUACGAUCCUGAUUAUUCGUUUCUGUCUUUGGGUGUCUACUCUGCACUCCGAGAAAUUGCUUUUACUAGGCAGCUUCAUGAGAAAACACCUCAACUCAGCUAUUACUAUAUGGGUUUCUACAUUCAUUCAUGUCCCAAGAUGAAAUAUAAGGGUCAGUAUAGACCGUCUGAUUUGCUGUGUCCUGAGACAUACGUUUGGGUACCCAUUGAGCAGUGCCUGCCUUCACUUGAGAACUCCAAGUACUGCCGUUUCAACCAGGACCCAGAAGCAGGAAGCAUGCAGAUCUGUUGCCCUCCCUGUCAUCUGAGUACCACUCACCGUUUAUAGCAGUUCUCCUCUGCGCGGCCCUCCCCACCCUCACCGUGUUCGCUGUGGCUUUGCUCGUCAGGCACAAGUCAUAAUGCUCUCCUGCCCUGUGAUCAGUUGCAUUAAGUUGUACUGCAUGUCUUCCCCCAGGCUGAAGUUCCUGGGUGUUUCCGUGGAUGCUUUUUGACCUUUCUAUCUUCACAGCCCACCAAAGGAGAUGCCCAAUGCAUAAAUUCUUAAGAACACAAACAUUUUCCUACUAGCCACCUGUGGUUUAGGCUAACUUUAGGAAAAAGAAGGAGAGAGGAAUGGAAAGGUCAGGGGAAAGGAAGAAAGUAAAUGGACAAAUCAAAUAGGAAGACAAAGAGGACGAGGAAAGAAAUGCAGUCAUUUCUUCUGUUCUAAGAUGUGCAUUUUUUUUUUUCACAAAUCAGGUUUUCUUUCAUUAAAAAAUUGGUUCAUGUACCUUUGUAUUUUGUUAUCUCCUGGAAAGGCUGGUAUGAAAUCAAGAGUGGGCACUUCUUACACAUGAUGAUACCUUAGAAUCUGAUGAAGAGUGGCCAUAGGGGCCCAUGUGCCAGGCACCUCGAGGUUAGCUCCAGGUUUUCUAGAUAUUUGGGUUUCGUAGAGCAGCCAAAGCUUUGCAUUCCUGUACCUUAAAUUACUGAUCAGAGUUUCAUUCUAAGUUCUACCUCAUUAAUUAAAUAGACUUGUUGCUUAAAAACAAACGUAUUGAAUUUGUCAGUUAGUUUUGGAGUCAGGCUCAAAAGGCAAUAGCAUUUUAGAGGAAAGCAUAUACGGUUGACCCUUGAAUAACUUGGGGGUUAGGCGCCAACCCUCCACCCAGUUGAAAAUCCAUGUAUAGUCGACUUAGAGUUGGCCCUUUGUACCUGCAGCCUCAGAUUCAACCAACCCUGGAUCGUGUAGUGCUGUAGUAUUUCCUAUUGAAAAAAUCCGAGUGUAAGUGGACUUAAUGCAGUUCACCCGUGUUGUUCAAGGUCAACUGUACUUAACCACUCUAUCCUCUCAAAAGAAUUUUUCCCUUUAUCUUUUCUCAAGGUCAGGUCAGAGCCAGUCCCUGUGGUGAAAAUUGUUGAACAUCUUAGUACAUUGUUUGAUGUUCACAUGUAAAAAUUUGUCUUUAUAAGUUCCUUCCAACUGAAUAAUAAUAUGAUCUCAAAUUGGUUCCGACUCCCAAACUUACGACACAAUUUCACCUUCCCUUUUUCCCUCUUGAUCUAUUUUCUUUAAAAUAGAUCUGCUUCUCUUCUUGCGUAUACUUGGAGAUUAAAACAGUCACAGGAAAAAAAAAUAAUAAAAGUCACAGGCUCUCCCUGUUUUAUAAAGUUGAAAAGGUGACUGCAUGAUUUCCAUGUACUAAAUGGACAUUCAAGUAAAGAUUCAUUCAUGUUAAUAUAUUUUGAAUUCAUUUUCCAAAGUAAGCGCUAAUGAGCAUUUCAUGGCAAAGAAAAUUUAGUCUCAUACCUGCAGGUUUUGUCCAGGACUUACAACACCCUGGUGAGUGAGGAAUAUAUAGCCUGUUUAUUUCCUGUAAUCUAAGUUCCAUUUCUUAUGACAGUAGCUUUAGCUCUUAAUAUUCAUUGUUUAGGAUUCACUUACAAAAGCCAGAGGAGUUAAUUUCUUUGAUAAUAGUGCUUCCAAGAAAAUGAAGGUCCUUUUCCAUAUGCUGAAUCGUUGGAACUUCGAGGAGGACACCAUACAGUUUUAUCAGUAUUGAAUAUCACAGUCCAGAAACUAUUUGAAAUCACACUUACAUCCUGUGGUUUUAGGAAAUUAAAAUGCAGUUACAUGCUGGAAUGCAUUGAGCAUGCUGUGAAACAUGGUCAUUUGAGUUUCAAAUGGCAAUCUGUGAGAAACUGCUCUCUUCUCUGGGGCCAGUUUUACUCAUACAUGACCCAAACUCUGACUUAGAAAAUACAGAGCUUAAUAUGGGCAAUAUUGUUAGUCGGCAUGGUGCUUUUUUCACUAAAUCUUGUUUCUCCUUUCAGCUGUUCAGUAGUUAAAUUUCUCUGCAAAAGGCACAGCUGAUCACCAUGGGUGUCGGUAAAACAGACUUUGGUUACAAGGUGCAUCAGUGGCCCUUGCAGGAAAAAUUACAUUUUCCCCCUGUCCUGAAUUGCUGAGAACGUCUGGAAAUCCUAUUCUUCCCUGCCCUCAACCCAUCCCCCGCAACCCCACAUAUUUUGGGGAUUCGGGUUCUAUGGUUAUUUGCUCAGCUAAAAAGUCUGCCUCACAAUAAAAACCUAUUGUUUUUACUGCUGUACAGUACCAUGGGGGGAGGGCUGGCAAACUAAAGUAAUUCGGAAAAUUUUAAAGAGAUUCUUUUGUUCAUAAAUAGGUCUUUUGUUUUUCAAUUCAGGACCUCUGCCUACUCUAAAUAAAGGAUUUCAAAAGUUCCUCAAAUGAUUUUUAAGUAAACGUGUGCUAGGUUGCUUUUUAAAUUGAUGGUUAGAUAUGUAUAGAUUUCAAAAAUUCUGCAUCACAGCUACAUUGUACUUUUUUGGAUUAAAUUAUUUUUAAAAAUAUUUACUGGAAACACUAGUAGAAAAUUUGUUCAAAUGCAUAAAACCGCUACUAAGAAGGAAAUGAAAAUGAUUCACAUUCUCGUGGUACAGCAGUAAAAUCAUUGUUAAUUUUUUUAUGCUCUCCUGAUCUUUUUUUCCUGUGCAUAUAGCUCUGUGAAUUUUUUAAGAAACAAAACAAGAAAUCAUGCUUCACACUUUUGUUAUCGUUCUUAAUACUUUGUGUGGCUUCUUAGUUUUAGUAAAGUAAAAACUACUUGACCACUAAUUUGGUCAGUCAUUCAGCAAACAAAUGCCACUACUUAUGUGAUAGUAUCUAAUACAGAUAUUUUACAAGCAUAAGAUUUACAAGAGUUUUACAAGGAUAAACCGAAUGUUUUGGAGUUGGUUUUAUAGCCAUGAUAAACUAUGAUUUGAUUUGACCCUUAAUGUUGCACAAUAUUGUACUGCCAGCUAAAAAUUGGCAUUUGCCGUCUGCCUCUAUAAGGAUUAAGUCACAAACGUCUGUAGCUGCUGACCUUCCACACAUCCUGAAAGGAGUUCAGGGUGGAGAUCAGGAAUGAGGCCCUCUGUGCUCUGGGGAAAACUGGCAGGACAGGGCUUCAGAGAGAGAUUUUCAGGAGAAGGUUUUAUGAGCCUAUGUCUUGCACCUCCUCAGAUCUAGAAAAGCACUAAGAUCAUGAACGGAGACAUCUGCUCCUCGUGACCAGCAGCGGCCUUCUGCUGAGACGUGCGCUUGACUGCACGCACCCCCUUCACCAAAAUCCUAUGUAACACUGACCUUCCCCCCACCCCUUCGGAGCAGUUCCUCAGAGCUCUCUGAGAGGCUGUCUCCCGGGCUGUAGUCCUCAUUUUGCCCCAGAUAAAACUUCACUCACAACUCUCACGUUGUGCCUUUUUUUUCAGUCGACAGUACUAUUUUUGUUGGUAGUAAAAUCCUUUUGGUUCCAGUUUUACAAAAUAUUAAAACUUCGUUAAGCAUACGGUAUUUCCCAAGCGCCAUUCUGUGUUUUCCCCUAUGUUACCUCAGUUUAUCCUCAGAACAUAAUUGAAUGCUUCAUCAUUGACCCCUCAGAUAUUAUUUAUUGCAAAAAUAAUAGCUAAUAAUGGCUUUUAAUCAUAAAUGUAAACUAAUUUUAAUUUAAAUAUUGCUCUAUAAUAUUUUUAUGGAUACUUUUAGUAUUUCAGAGGAGAUAAUUAGAAUAAGCUUUAUUUCUAUUUCUACUUAUAGAAGUAUACAUUUUACCACAGAUUAGUCUAGAUUUCACUCUCUCUUUUCUGUACAUACCUUGAAAUAUUUGCAAGUAAUUUCUUAAUUUGUCUAUAAUAUAACUAAGUCAUAAAUUAUUAAGGUAUUGAAUUUUAAUUUACUAUUAAAAAAACAGCACCUAAUUUUGGUUUAGUGCUUUAUGUACUUAGCCCAGGUUAGAGAAUUUCUAGGACACCUAAAAUCUUGCCAGCAGCUGCCGAAAAUCUAAACUAGUGUAAGAUGGUUUUUCCUAGUUUGGUCCCCAUCCCUCAAAACUCCGAGCCUCCGAACUGUGUUAUUUUAUGUUGUUUCAUUUGCCUCUUUUCUUCUCUCUUUAUUCCGUCCUUCUUUUUUGCUGGCAUGGUUCCCUGGCAUUUUUUCUAUACUUCUGCAGUUUCUGUCAUACAUGCCCACAGAAAAACCAAGUCCCACUCUGACUGUG